GGAAAAAAGGCGUUUUAAUGAAAAGGAAAAUGAAGAUAGUUCUCAACCUUUACCGUUAUUAAAACGAAAUCGUAAAGUUUGCGAAAGCUUGCUCGAACUAUCAACUAAUUCUUAUGCAGACCUCGUACUUUCUCGCUUUCUAAGGAUAUAUCAGGGGUUUAACUAUUAUAUUGACCCUAAAGAAAUGACCGAAAGUUUCGGAAAGUUUCUUCUCGAAGACAAGUUCUGUCUUCUAUAUGGGCCUCGGAAGAGUGGUAAGGCACCUCGUAUCUUGGUGGCCUUUAAAUAUUUACUCCCUAACCCGUGGACACAAAGGUCUCGUUGGAAUCUGCUGCUUUUACCUAGAAUCUGUAAUAAUGGAAGAGGAAAAGCAGUAUAUGAAUCCAUAGUUAGAACGCUUAAAGUCCUUAAUGAGAAGCAGAAAAACAUCCUUGGAAGGGCUCUUCGUUAUAAACACAUUUGGCCUCUCAGACCUAGCAUAGAGCUAUCAGAGAAACCUACUGCCCAAAUGGUUGUUGGAGCAGAACCUCUCUAUCCAGCACAUUUCACUAAUGAACCAUCUGAAUAUGCGUUCCAAGCCGAAUUCAUCA